UCUAUGACAAUGACACCUGACAGUUGACAUUUUCAUGUUGAUCGCGAAUUUUAUUGUUGAUAGUGCUUUAUUUUUGAAAAUACUCUUAAUUAAAACACUUAAAAAUGAGUUCAAAUGAAAUAGAACAAGUAACGACAGCACCUAAAGAAAUGUCAUUCGCUGAGAAACAAGCGGAACGCUUGAAGAGACUGCGAACCUUGCACAACGCUAGAAACGAGGCAAGGAGCCACAACCAUCAAGAAGUCGUAGCUGAAGAAGCUAGAAACAAGUUACCGUCAAACUACGAAGCGAAACGCCGUCAGGCAGAAUGGUUAAUGGACGACCAGAAGAAACGCGAGGAAGCUGCCAAAGAAGGUAAGGAUUACGACCGAGUCAAAUUACUCAACAUAUCAGCAGUAGAAGCGGAGAGAUUAGAACGUAAAAAGAAGAAAAAGAAUCCAGAUCAAGGCUUCUCGACGUACGAACAAGCAACAGUUAGGCAAUAUAACCGUCUUGUCAAGAACAUGCCGUCAGCAGAUAUGGAGCAAUAUGAACAGCAAAAACAAAAAUAUGGCGACGCUUUCUACGGCGGACCAAACGUGAUUAUUCACGGAAUGCACAAAGAUAGAAAGGAAGCCGUGGAUAAAAUGGUAGAUGACCUGGAGGGACAAAUUGCCAAAAGAGCUAAAUAUUCCAGGAGACGGACUCACAAUGACGACGCUGAUAUUGAUUACAUUAAUGAACGGAAUGCCAAAUUCAAUAAGAAGUUGGAACGAUUCUAUGGUGAACACACUGCAGAGAUUAAACAGAACUUAGAACGGGGAACUGCAAUUUAAAUACUUUGUCAGUCAGGUUUUACAAUAUGUAAUGUGAUUCUGUAAAUAGUAUAAUCAAUGGAUAGGUUCCAUAAGAAAAGGACAAUAAUGUACAGUGUGACUUCUCUUAGUUUCUUUUUAUUCUUUACUAUUUGGUAAGUCAAUGAGUUGCUAUUUUAAAAAAGAUAAAAAUUUAAAGAAAAUUUUAAGAUGAAUUCUUGCUUUGUUAAAAAUCUAAAUAGGAGAUAAUGAUAUCAAUAAUAUAAUUUUGUUCUUCAAUUGUCAGUAACAUUUCAAUGGAAGGAACCGAUGUUGAAAUAUUUUUGUUCUAAGAACUAAAAAAAUUCUAUGGUUUGAAAAUAUAUUCUCAUUAGCCAAG